CGUAGUUUCAUAUGGGUGUUCCCGUUCCUCUUGCUCUCUCUCUCUGUACUCAUCUUUUAGUUAGUUCUGGCUCACUUUAUCAGCGGACUCGUCUUGACUGGACAGAGAUCGUCCUGUUUCCAGUGCUGGGGACCAGGUGGGAGUACCUGCAUGCAGGGAAUUCAUAAAAGUAGCUGAGUGUUCAACAUCUGCAAAACAUUCAUGGACAACAAUUACACUUUUGAGGGGAGUGACUAUGAAGACUCUGCCUACCCCUCUCCAAUGAGACUGACUCCACCAGGCCAGAGCCGCAUCUAUGAUCUGGAGAGGAGACAGGAGGAGGAAAAUGAACCACCUAUGGAGGCCAUCUUCAUCCCCAGUGAUUCAGAGGCUUUUCUGAACAUGAACACCAAUGCCACCACAAGAGGGGAUGCCCAAGCCUAUGUGGAGCUGAAUGAGCUCCAGGGCAACAGCUGGCAGGAGACAAGCCGCUGGGUGGGCUACGAGGAGAACCUUAACCCGGCCACAGGAAAAUGGGGUUCCUCUCAUGUCUCCUAUCUCACCUUCAAGAGUCUGAUCCAGCUCCGCAAGACCAUGAGCACAGGUGCUGUCAUCUUUGACCUGAAUGCCAGCAGUCUGUCUGCUGUGCUUGAGAAGGUGGCUGAUGAACUGCUGAACAAGAAUGAGAUUCGCGCAAGUGACCGAGAUGACCUACUGAGAGCUCUGCUCAUGAGACGCAGUCAGUCUGAAAGACCUGUGGUUACUCCCUCUGGAGACAUUGAGAUGCAGACCUUUUCUGUAACCAAGAAGAGAGACAGCUCUGACAACGUGGAGGCCUCAGUUGUCCUCUCGGGUGCCCUGGACUUCCUACAGAAACCAGUGGUGGCUUUUGUAAGGUUGAGUGACUCUGUUGUGAUGGAGUCUGCCCUGGAGAGUCCCAUCCCUAUUCGCUUCAUUUUUGUGCUGGUGGGCCCCAGCCGGAGCGGAAUGAACUACAGUGAGAGUGGCCGUGCUAUGGGUGCUCUGAUGGCUGACUGGGUGUUCUGUCUGGAGGCCUUCUUGGCCCAAACUGACAAAGAUCUGACCAAUGCCAUCGCUGACUUCAUGGACUGCAGUGUUGUGAUUCCCCCCACUGAGAUCCAAGAUCAGGCAAUGCUUGCACCAAUCAUCAAUUUCCAGCAGAAGAUGCUGCGUGACAGACUGCGUCCCUCCGAUACCCGUCUUGGCUUUGGCGACAGGGUCAAAGCUGAGAAACGUCCAGAGGAGCCACGGGAGGACCCUCUGGCCCGUACUGGCUAUCCUUUCGGUGGGAUGGUGAAGGACCUGAAGCGUCGUUACCGCCACUACAUCAGCGACUACACAGAUGCUCUGAACCCUCAAGUCCUGGCUGCCGUCAUCUUCAUCUACUUUGCUGCCCUGUCCCCGGCUAUCACUUUUGGAGGGCUUCUGGCUGACAAAACAGAAAAAAUGAUGGGUGUGUCAGAGCUUAUGCUCUCCACCAGCAUCCAGGGUGUCAUCUUCUGUAUCAUCGCCGCCCAACCUGUCCUUGUCAUCGGCUUCUCUGGACCACUGCUGGUGUUUGAGGAAGCUUUUUAUACUUUCUGCAAGAGCCAGGGCUUUGAGUAUGUUGUGGGCCGUAUCUGGGUUGGAAUGUGGCUGAUAGUGAUCGUGGUGAUUAUCGUGGCCGUAGAAGGCAGCUUCCUGGUCAGAUUCAUCUCCCGCUUCACUCAGGAGAUCUUCUCCAUCCUCAUCUCUCUCAUUUUCAUCUACGAGACCUUCAAUAAACUCUUCAAGAUCUUCAAAACCCACCCUCUGAUUCUGAACUACGAUCAUCUGAAUACCUCAAUGGAAAACCCCUUCCACCCGGUCUUCAAGGAGCAUAUCGAGUACCAUCCAGAUGGCAACAUAACCGUCCAUCAAGUGGAGGUUGAAAGGCCCUACCCCAACACUGCCCUCCUAUCCAUGUGCCUGAUGUUUGGUUGUUUCUCCAUCGCAUACUUCCUCCGCUCCUUCAAGAAUGGUCAUUACUUGCCCGGCUGGCUUCGACAUUUGAUUGGAGAUUUCGGUGUCCCCAUCGCUAUUUUCUUCAUGAUUGCUGUGGAUAUCAGCAUUGAGGAUGCUUACACUCAGAAACUGGUUGUGCCAAAAGGUAUUGAGGUGACCAACCCCGCAGCCAGAGGCUGGUUCAUCAACCCCAUGGGAAUGAAAAAGGAUUUCCCCAUCUGGAUGAUGGCUGCUUGCUGUGUACCAGCAGUGCUGGUUUUCAUCCUCAUCUUCCUGGAGUCCCAGAUUACUACGCUGAUUGUGAGCAAACCUGAAAGGAAGAUGGUGAAAGGAUCUGGUUUUCACUGGGAUCUGCUUAUCCUGGUCACCAUGGGGGGCAUCUCGUCUAUUUUCGGGGUGCCUUGGCUGAGUGCUGCCACCGUGCGAUCUGUCACCCAUGCCAAUGCUCUCACUGUCAUGAGCAAAGGACCGAAACCAGAGAUUGAGAAGGUGAUCGAACAGCGGAUCAGUGGCAUUCUUGUGGCCAUUUUGGUUGGUGUUUCUAUUUUCAUGGAGCCUCUUCUGAAGAUGAUUCCUAUGACAGCUUUGUUCGGUAUCUUCCUCUACAUGGGUAUCACCUCUCUGAGUGGAAUCCAGAUGUGGGACAGAAUGCUUCUGUUGAUUACACCUAAGAAAUACCAUCCUUCUGACGCCUAUGCCACCAGGGUUAAGACAUUGCGGAUGCAUCUCUUUACUCUGAUCCAGCUUGUAUGCCUGGCUGCCCUGUGGAUGGUGAAGAUGAGUGCCUUCUCUCUGGCUCUGCCUUUUGUCCUCAUUCUCACCAUCCCUCUGCGCAUGUUCAUGACCGGCAGGAUCUUCUCUGUCAUGGAGAUGAAAUGUCUGGACGCAGAUGAUGCCAAAGUUACAUUUGAGGAGGAACCUGGGAAAGAUGUGUAAGAUGAGUGCCCACUGCCGUGAACAAUGUCACGUCAUUAAUGUUUCAUUCACAAACUUUCAAAAGGAACUCAAUUCUUGACUGACAGAAAUCAGGUCUUUAAAAAAAAAAAAGUACUGGUAAACAAACACAGUUUCAAACUAUUCUCUUAUUUAUCUUUAAAGGAUAUUACCUCUCAUUUCUAGAAUUCAUACAUUAUUCUUGUGGCUGAAGCUGUGUGUGUGACCCUCAACCACAACAGAGAAUCAAUGAUAUAGUCCAUAUUGCCAUCAAGAUGUGUAACAGGUCCUGAGCACUCUUGUUUCUUUCAUUUCAUUUUCACAUUUCAUCUUUUCAUGUGACUAGUGAUUAGUUUGGGUUUAUAAAAAAUGCUUCCCUUUUGUUAUUACUUCAGGCUGUUUAGUUUUUUUUAUGAUGCAGGAGAAUUGUUUGAUUUUAUUUAAAUGAGAGGUAUUUUACCUUCAAUACAUUUAUAACAUUGUUUUUUCUUUUAGUGCAUAACUAUGGUAUAGCUUUAAAGUGACUAGAUCUGCUCAUGUUAUAAUAAUGAUACUACCUAACCUAAUGUUGACUAUUUUAUUUUAGCAAAACUGAUUUAUUCCGCUCUUUACACAUGCAUAAAUUAUGAAUUUUUGUGGGACUAUCACACCUUUGCCCCAUACAGUUGCCUUUCCAUUGUUUAGUUUUUAAAAUUGUGUUUCUCAAGUUUGCCUCAUAUGACAUAUUGUGUCUGGUUUACUGAACUAUUUGGUCUUUCCUGUUUAGAACGUGUAUAGAAAGAUGCGUAAUGCACUUAUAUCUUAUUUGAAAUGCUUUUAAUUAUUAUAAAAUAUGAGGGAAUUAGCACUUCCUCACAAUGGGUAAAAAAUGAAUGAUGAGAUAUUUGGAUAUUUGUUUGAGCUGAUUUUACUGAUCAUAUAAUCAGGGGAAAUAUUUUUGUAAAUGUGUCUUAGUGUGCCUUUUCAUGUUGCGUGUGUGUGCUUGAAACACUGUACAUGCUUUGGAUUUUCACUUUAUUUAAAAUAAAAGCCUUUUAAAGUGUU